AUGAGCCUCUCGACAGCUUUCGCGGCCGACUCCGCCUGGCCGCUAUGGGACAGCGAGCCCGUCGACGGAGCCUUUGAAAUCGAUCUCCCGGGGGGCACCAUCGACCAGGGAGUCGUCACAAAAGUGUCCCGGCCAUGGCUGUUCGGCUACAAGCCGACGACGACCCCGAACGGGCGCGCCGUGCUCGUCCUCGGCGGCGGCGGAUACGUGCAGCUCAUGGUGGGCCGCGAGGGGGUCGCCGUCGCCCGCUGGCUCGCCGCCCUCGGCUUCGAAGCCUUCGUCCUUGUCCACCGCUUCCCGACCGCCGAGACGGGCCCUUCGUCCCCGGUGGACGACGCCAGACAGGCCCUGCGCCUGAUCAAGGAGAAGGGUGCCGGCCCGCGGGGCCUGGCGCUGUGCGGUCUGUCCUCCGGCGGCCACCUCGCUUCGGCCCUGCUGGCCGAGUAUCCGUCCUCGUGGGCGUUGACCGCCGGCGCGCCAGUCCCGAAGCCGGAAUUUGCCAUCCUCGGGUACGGGCCGAUCUCGACGAACGCCAAGGGCCACACCAUCGUGCCGAACAAGGCUCCUCUGGACCCGCCGGCCAAGCAGGAACUGUACGAUAUCGUCAUCCCCGACCAGCAGAUCGCGCGGCCGGCGCCCCCGGCUUUCAUCGUCUACUCUGCGACUGACCCCAUCGUCCCGGUGGUGAACGCGUACCGUCUGGCGCAGGGCCUCCAGGCUGCCGAGGGCUCAGUUGAGCUGCACGUCUUUGCGGAUGCGCCACAUGGGUUCGCUCUGGAUACCAAGGACUUGCCCGUCUCCAAGUGGCCUUCUUUGGCCGAGGCUUGGUUGGAACAAAAGGGUUACCUGAAGGUUGAAUAA